CCGCAGGAAAGUGUCGGGCAUUCAACUAACGGAUGGCCUUAACAUCUGAAAAUAUUCUUUUGUUAUAAGUUUGGUUGUAACUGGACUAGAAAUAAGUUUUUUGUUAAAUAUUUUAAAAAAAAAUUAAAGUGACUAUAUAUUUCUAAACUUUAGGUAUGUCAGGGUCCAAAAAAUCAACGGUGUUUUUACUGCAGUGGGUGCUCGUAUUCCUGGUACAUCUGGUGCCAGUCGCCACUGUUUCACCUGAGGAGGAGGAACGGUUUUACACCAACGCUAGACACAGAUUCGCCACGUCAUCACCAGCAAUAGUCCUGGAGAUCUGGCACAGAGACUGCCACAGGAGAUGUUUUGCGCAGCUACUUCCCCAAGUUGAGAUAGCUUGUCAAUUCGAUCCUUACAGGGCCCCAUAUCCCACCAGAUCAAGGCGACAGGUCAGCAGAGUGCCAAAAAUAGAUCAAGGUCAGAUGGUGUUACCAGGCAACAGUUCAAGCUUGAUUUCGCAAUUAAGAACAGGGAGCAAACGGACAGAAGAAAAAGCAUCAGACGGGUCCCCAUUUUUGGACAAACGUUCGGCCGCGACGUUUUUUAGAAAGAGAGCCGGUUCACUUUCCAGAGUCAAGAGGUCAGGCAUCAUGGACGAGUGCUGCUACCGGAAGGCGUGCGCAUGGGAGGAGUACGCCGAAUACUGCCACCGGCACCCGCGCGUGCCCCACUCCCGCCAGUCUGUCUGUACUUACAGCUAACUGCUGUCUCUUCACACCGUCGACUGGUGGAGCCAACCUGGAGAUUAUUAUUUUACUAAGAUAUAUCAGAUAGAUUUAUAACAUAUCGUGGCUUUUCUUUCUUAAAAAAGUAUGGGAUUUAGGCAUGACGAUACACAUAUUUUAGUUAUAUACAUUCUCC